GGUCUCGUGACUCUCAUCAGCUGAUUCACGUACAGCUGAGGUUCCGGGUCGUCGGAGUCGCUGCGUCUGAGUUUUCGCCGGUUGUGUGACGUUUUUACCCGGGCUAAAGCAGAAAUAAGGUUCAAGAAAAUGUCUGUCAUGGAUUUCCAGAUAGACGGGCUGGUUGCAGCUCCUUUCACCCCCAUGAAGGACAAUGGGGACCUAAACUUGCCACUGAUAGAUCCGUAUGUGGACUAUCUUGUAGCCCAGGGAGUGCUGAAUACCUUUGUUUGUGGCAGUACCGGGGAGGGAGCCAGUCUGUCCAUGGCAGAGAGAAAGUCGUUGGCAGAGAAAUGGGUUUCUGCAGGGAAGGGAAAACUGACCAACGUGAUCGUCCAUGUUGGAGGAUGCAGCAUCACGGAUAGCCAAGAACUGGCACGCCACGCUGAGAGCAUUGGUGCCCAGGCCAUCGCCACCCUCCCAACCUGUGUGUUCAGGCCCACCACUGGCAAACAAGUAGCAGAACAGCUCCAGAUCAUCGGUGCAGCUGCCCCCAGUCUGCCUCUGUUCUUCUACCACCUGCCGGACAUGUCCAAAGUCUACAUCAUGGUAGAGGACCUCCUAGAUGCCCUAGAGACGGUGAAAGUUCCGACGUUCCGAGGCUGCAAGUACACAGACUACAACAUGCUGGACUACGGGCGGUGCCUGGUGCACAGCAACGGGAAGUAUAUCAUGAUGUACGGCAGGGAUGAGCAAGGUCUGUGUGCUUUGGUGAUGGGAGCUACGUCAUUCGUGGGGAGUACCUUCAACUAUGCUGGUAAAAUUUAUAACCGUAUGCGGACAGCGUAUGAUAAUGGGGACCUUGAAGCAGCACGUAAAGAACAGUCCAUGUCUCAGGCCCUGAAACGUGCAAGGGUGCUAACAAAUGGACCUGGGAUGGACAUAGGACUGAACAAGUACCUCAUGACCAUGACGUCCGGCAUUGACUUUGGGCCGCCCCGCCCCCCCAUGCAGCGCCGUUCUGAGGAGGAACUGGCCAAGAUCAAGGCCAAGCUGCAGGCCUGCGGUUUCUUUGAAGCCGUGAAGUAGAGUGCUCUCUUCGGCUGGGUUCACAUGUGUGUGUUUAUUUAUUCAAGUUCGUACGAGGUCCAUAUGGAAUUCUUAGCAUACAGUCAAACCUGUCUAUAGCAGCCACUCAAGGGACUGGAGAAAUAUGGCCACUAUAGA